ACACGCAUCGGGUGGCGGUGGGUUCGGCCGCGUGCGCUUUCCCGCUCGAGCCCGCCCAGCGCUCAAGCCUCCCGUCCGGCCUCACCCACACGCCCUGGUCUCGUUGCCUCGCGGCUCCGGGCGUCCCUCCUCCUCAGUUUUAUCUAGAGCCCAGGCUCCGCCCGUUUCCCGCCUCCAGGGCUUGGUUCGUUCCCGCCCCAUCCCGCCCCUCCUUGUGCCCCUGCUGCUUCUGCUGAAGGCGGAGGCUCCAUGUUGUCCCCUCAGCGAGCGGUAGCGGCUGCCUCGGGAGGAGCAGGGGAUGCCAUGGAGAGUAGAAAGCCUGGUCCAGUGCAGGUUGUUGUGGUUCAGAAAGACCAACAUUCCUUUGAGCUAGAAGAGAAAGCCUUGGCCAGCAUCCUCUUGCAGGAUCACAUUCGAGACCUCGAUGUGGUGGUGGUGUCAGUGGCUGGUGCCUUCCGAAAGGGCAAGUCCUUCUUUCUGGACUUCAUGCUCCGAUACUUAUAUUUCCAGAAGGAAGGCGGCCAUUCAAAUUGGUUGGGUGAUCCAGAAGAACCGUUAACAGGAUUUUCAUGGAGAGGGGGCUCUGAUCCAGAAACCACUGGGAUUCAGAUCUGGAAUGAAGUUUUCACCGUGGAGAAGCCAGGUGGGAAGAAGGUCGCAGUUGUUCUGAUGGAUACCCAGGGGGCAUUCGACAGCCAGUCCACCGUGAAAGACUGCGCUACCAUCUUCGCUCUGAGCACCAUGACCAGUUCUGUUCAGAUUUAUAAUUUAUCCCAGAACAUUCAGGAAGAUGAUCUUCAACAGCUACAGCUUUUCACAGAAUAUGGUCGUCUGGCAAUGGAUGAAAUUUUCCAAAAACCCUUUCAGACACUGAUGUUUUUGGUUCGAGACUGGAGUUUCCCUUAUGAAUACAACUAUGGACUACAGGGAGGAAUGUCAUUUUUGGAUAAACGUUUACAGGUGAAAGAACAUCAGCAUGAAGAAAUUCAGAAUGUCCGAAAUCACAUUCACUCAUGUUUCUCCAGCGUCACCUGUUUUCUCCUGCCACAUCCAGGACUCCAGGUGGCCACAAGCCCUGAGUUUGAUGGGAAAUUGAAAGAUAUCGCCAGUGAAUUCAAAGAGCAGUUACAGAUACUGAUACCGUAUGUAUUAAACCCAGCGAACUUAAUGGAAAAGGAGAUCAAUGGCUCAAAAGUCACCUGUCGGGGGCUGUUGGAGUAUUUUAAGGCAUACAUUAAAAUUUACCAAGGAGAAGAUUUGCCUCACCCCAAAUCCAUGCUUCAGGCCACUGCCGAAGCCAACAAUUUAGCAGCUGCAGCCUCUGCGAAGGACAUGUAUUAUAACAACAUGGAAGAGGUUUGUGGGGGAGAGAAACCUUAUUUGUCUCCCGACAUUUUAGAGGAGAAGCACUGUGAAUUCAGACAGCUUGCUCUGGACCAUUUUAAAAAGAUCAAGAAGAUGGGCGGGAAGGAUUUUAGCCUUCGUUACCAGGAGGAGCUGGAGGCGGAGAUCAAGGAACUCUACGAGAACUUCUGCAAGCACAACAGCAGCAAGAACAUCUUCAGCACCUUCCGAACCCCCGCGGUGCUCUUCGUGGGCAUCGUGGUUCUGUACAUAGCCUCCGGCCUCACGGGCUUUGUCGGUCUUGAGGUUGUGGCCCAGCUGUUCAACUGUAUGGUUGGACUGCUGUUAAUAGCACUUCUCACAUGGGGGUACAUCAGAUAUUCUGGUCAGUAUCGUGAGCUGGGCGGAGCUAUCGAUUCUGGUGCAGCGUAUGUAUUGGAGCAGGCUACUUCUCAUAUUGGAAAUUCCACUCAGGCUGCUGUGAGGGAUGCAGUUGUUGGGAAACCCCCAGUGGAUAAAAAGGCUCAAUAGCAUCUUAACGAGAGGAUCCACCAAGGACCCGACCAGCCUCUCCUGAUUUCCGGGCUUCUGCCGAGGCCACAGGUCCAGGUCCCGAGGAGUGCAGAUCUGGGACCACCUGGGAAGAGUGAGACGUGGCGCCAGUAAACGAACAGACCUUUCCUGUGGCUUCAAAUUCUUACACACACUUCCAUUUCUGUUGGAAGCAUUUCUUUUCCUUGCCGAUGAUAUAGAUCUAAGCCUGUGUCUGUUUUCUUAUUACUCUCUGCUUUGUGCACUUUAUGGGGGGGAAAAGCAAAAGUUAAAAAUGGAAAUGCAGUUUUAAGUCCUUUAUGUGCCGCUUAGUGCCUUUUAAGAUUGAAUCCAUGCUCUUGUGGGCAUGAUGGGCAGGGACUGAGGACAGCCUCACGUAAGACACUGUUUGGGGCAGAAUUUGUUAGUUCUUGUAUACCUUAUUCUAUUGAGAAGGAUUCCUUUUUUUUAAAGUUUACAAAACUUGCAAAAGCUUCAGAACUGAGGACUGAAAAUGAUGCCAUUAUACUUUUAAAAUCUUACAUUAGAGAAACUUGUUUGCUACAUAGUGUGGAAAAAUACGUUUAAAUCUACCACACACUGAAAUUUAAGGGCUUUUAUCUGAUAGGCUGGCAGUUUUGGGAUGCGCGCGCGCGCACACACACACACACACACAUCUUUAUUCCUAUAGCUUCUUUCUAGAAAAGAGCAAACAUGCCUUGAAAAGCCAGAGUGGCUCAUAAUAAAAGGAAUGAGCUUGAUAAUUUAAGGAAAAAACUUGAGUUUAAAUGAACCAUGUGACCUCUGAUAAGUCACUUGAACUUGUGCCUUGGUCAGAUUCACUGUUUGUUGGUUAAUAUACGUAUACAUAUUAUACAUAACUCACUUAUCAUUUGAGAGGUUUUGUUUUGUAUGAGAACAGAACAUUAUUAUGAAUUAAAAGAUAGGCAUUACCAAAUAUUACUGCCUUUAAUUGAUGUCCUGUUACGCGUGGCUUAGCAGUAAAUCAUGUCUUUAUCCAAAAUGUUUAUUUGCAUUCUCCUAUGCAUUUAAUAUUUUUAAUAAUGAAACUAAAACAGUUUUAUAUCAUGAGUCUUCCUUUAUUUAACUUUACUUGACCUGUCUGGUAGCUUUAAAAUAGCUUUAGCUUAGUAAGGACCAAAACACCACCCAAAUAUGGACAACAUCUAGAAGUAUCUAAGAAUUCUUUUUUGUUUACUUUGAUUGUGUGAUAAACAGUUUUUACCUGUUGUCUUUUCCUUUGAUUUAUAAUGGUGAGUUAUUGUGGAAUUUAAAACUUCUUAAAAUUUGCCUGCAAGUAUUUAUAUAAACAUUCAUCAAAUGUGUGAGCCUUAAUUCUCAAGAUAAUUUUUGUUGUGGGAGGGAGGCAGGAAGGCUUAGACAAAAUCUGAGUAAAUUCUAUAUUAUGAAGUACGAAUGGAAGGUGGAAAAAGAGAAUCUCUUCUAGCAUGUGAAUUCAAAGAAUUUUUUUGACAACUUUAACACUUUACCACUCAAGUGUUUUUAUGUCUUGCAUCGAUUCCGUGCUUUUUAUAUAUUUUUCAUGUUUACAUACCAUCUUGCCCUGACAUUCUUGCUGUUUUUUUUUCACUUGCUGUUAAACUUUAGGAAAAUUCCAGUUUUUUUUUUUUUUUUUUUUGAAACGCUUACAGCACCUGGUUUUCCUAGGUGGUCUCUCAUCCAAGUACUAACCAGGCCCAACCCUGCUUAGCUUCCAGCUUGUUCUACAAACUCUUUACUUGCGUAGUGAUGCUUAGCUUUGACUGUUAAAUUGAAAGUUUAGUUUUGAAAACUUAGUGCAUUUUCAGGUGAUCUUUCAUCUUCCUGCAGGUUCAUAAUUAUUAACUAAAGGCCUUACAGAUGUUAAUUAAAAACAAACAAACCUACAAAACCAAUAGAGUUCAAAUUGAAAACAUCAGUGUCAUUGAUGGAUGAUGUUUUUGCUAGAACUAAAUUGCUGAUGUUGGGUUUAAUAAACUACUUUUGCAUGUUUUUUUGCUAAAAAGCCUUAUAGAUGUUGAGAUACUUAGCUUUUAAUGCAUUCUAUAAGCACAUUUAUAGAUUUCAGAACAAUUGUCUAGAGUUGUACUUUAAUAGUGAGAAAAGGAUGUGUCUAAAACUUAUUUUAAUACUAAAGUAUUAGACUUUUUAAAAUAAAUAAUGUAUGACUUAAUGAAAUCUUAGGAUUUAUUAACUGCUUAAAUUCACCAUUUGUUUUGAUCGUAAGAAAUAACUUGGUUUAAUUUCCCUGGAAAAGCCUUAUUACUAUUAUUUUUUUUGGUCUUUAUUAACUUAUUCUGCCUUUGGGAAGAGUUUAUAAAGUUUUCUCAGUGAGAAUUCUAAGGCGUUUUCUUUGGCCUGUUUUCUCUUAUAACAGUAUACUAAUGAUUUUAUAUUGGCUUUUUCAGUUAAUGAUGCAUUCUCAUUGCUGGCAUAAAUAGUCCUGGGGAGAUUUUAACCAGGUCGAAAAGAAUGUCUUUUAUUUCUUAAAUUCCCUCAUCCUUUAAUUUAUGAGUCAGGGACGUUGCUUCGUUCAGACUGUGUUUAUUCAGCGUUUGUUACUCUGCCACUCCCUAGCUGGCCUGCCUUCCCACGCAGCAUUUUUUAUUUGCAUAUUCCCACCAGUAUGUGGGCACAUUCCAUUAACGUUUAAAAGGAAGUUUUCAAAAUGAACCAUGUUCAUUUUGAAAGGAAGUUUUCAAAAUUUUCUAUUAAAAGAGCUCAUUUCAGGAGAAGUUAAAUGUUAUUUGUUUUUUUAAAUAUUUCCAGUUAGCUUCAUAUUAAAAAUAAUAGAAUCAAAAUUUUGAUUUUCAUUGAGAAAUUUUUCUAGAUCGGUUUGUAGACAAAAUGAGAGCCAACUAUCAUGUUGCUAUGAGUGAUGAUAAAACAUCCUCAGAGUCAUUCCUUAGUUUGUCAGUAUACCAAGAAAUCCGUUCCAUGGAGGUUUUUCACACUUGGUAAAAUUGCCUGUGAAUAUUGUUUUUGCUUUACCUGGUCUUUCUCUCUUCUCUUACAUGAAGUAAAAUGCUUUUGGCAUCAGAGAAGCAAAUGGCCUUGUAUUGGCAGUGUGUUCCUUUCUUUCUUUCCUUUUUUAUUUUUAUAUUUUGGCCAAUGUGUUUCUUUAGCAGGUCAUACCCAGUGUUCUACUUGUCUUAUAAAAAUGGUGUCUUUGAUAGCGUGAGUUUGGAUGAGUAUGUAUGUAUGUAUGUAUAAAUUAGAGAAAUUAAGUUAAUUGAUUUUCCAGGCAAAAGCCAUCAAGAACAGUUUUGUUUUUUCCUAGAGUUCUUUUUAAAAAGUAACUUACAUGGAAGUCUUCAUGGAACUCUCCCCCCGCCCCCCCAGAACUAUUAAAAUGUAGUUUAGGAUGAUUUGAGAUAGCUACCAGUAAGGUAGCCGGCUGGGGCUACAUCAUUCUGGCUUACAUUUAGAUCCCACAAAAUUUUCGUCAAGGAAUAAGGCCAUAGUGAAGACAAGCUUCACUUAUGAAAGUACAAACUAUUUGUAUAAGUGGUUUUAUAAAAUGACAUUAAGAACCCCAUUGUAAAAGGCCAUUUGCAAUUGAAUAGUUUUCCCUAAAUUCGAAUCAUACUGUAGCUGUGGUUUGGAGUGUGGUUCUUAUCUAUCUUGGUGUGCAUAAGACUUACCUGGGAUCUUGUUCUAAAAAAUUUUUAAUUCUCAGCUUCAUACAUGGGAUUGCCUCAGUCGGUCUGGGCCGUGGCCUGGAAUCACCACUUUUAUAAAUAGUAUCACAGGUGGUUCAGAGACCUCAGCGAGAGAGACCACUUUGCGCGAUGGGAAAGUGCAAUUCAGUAUCAUCUGGAGGCAAGUGGCUGGCUUUUACUUGAGGUUCAGUUAGGCGGUCUGCCAGGUACAAUCAUUCAGAGUUUACAGUGUUGAGUAGUAAGGAUGCCUGUAAUCUGGAGAAUUAGCUAAGCUCCUUAGAGCCUUUAUCUAAAUUAGGAUGUUGUAGUGCCUUCUCCGAAAAAUGAAUGUAGAAGUAUCCUAUUUGCUAGCAGGUAUAAUUAGAAUUUAAAAAAAAAACCCCCAAAACUAGAAAGUUGUAUUUCUUUUAAAAAGCAAAAUUCGGCACUGUGGCUUGAACCCCUAAGUCUUUCACGCAUAGAAAACCUUAAGCCAUAAAUAAAAAUAAUGAACAAAAAGGAAGGAGAGGAUCAUAACUUCGAAAAUUAGCAACAAAACAUCCCAUAUCAGGAACUUUUCAAAACAUAUUGGUGCAGAAAGAUUUGAAAAUAAAUUUUUCUUCCUUGGGAAGGAAUUUCUUGUGCCAGAACUAAAAUUUAAAGGUAAUGUUCUUAUGACCAAGGGAAGAUCGAAUUUGAGUCCCAAAGCAUUCCAGUUUAGAUGAAUAAAUGCUAUCAUGGACUAAAGCCUUAAAGGAGUUAAUAUUUACCUUGGAUACAUACAAAUAUUCUCAGAUUUCUUGUUUUUAAAAAUGAUUUGUUAGAAGUACUUUCUCCUAUAUUCUUAAAGUGGCUUUAAAAUUUAACAUACUUUUUAAAGUGCAAUAGUAUGACAUUAUGCUGUUAGUAUGUUAAAAGCGUGUUUCUUUUAGUUGUAAGAUCAUUUAAUGGAAUAAAGAUCACAGCGCCAUGUUA